GCGCCGCCCGUCGCUAAAGCAUCAUUGCUCGCUUCAGCACAGCAACAACCACUCAUUCACCAUGAAAUUCCUCGUUGUUCUCGCCGCCGUCUGCGCCGUCGCCCUCGCUGCCGAGGAGCAGGUUAAGGAGAAGCGCGGAGCCCUGGGACUCGGCUAUGGCGCCUACCCCUACAGCUCAUACGGUGCCUACGGCGCCUACCCCUACGCCGCCGCCCCCGCAGCCUAUGGCGCCUAUGCCGCCCCCGUCGCCAAGGUCGCUUAUGGAGGCUACGGCUAUGCCGCCCCCGCUCUGGCCGCCCCCGCCAUCGCUAAGGUCGGCUACACUGGCUACGCCGGCUACGCUGCCCCCGCCGCCUACGGCUACGCUUCUCCCUACGCCGGUCUGGGCUACGCCGCCCCCGCUGUUGCCAAGCUCGGCUACUCCGGAUACGCCGCCGCUCCCCUGGCCGCUUACCACCACGGUCUCUACUAACUAAGUAAAGAGCCAGCACAAAUCAUCGCCAUUCCAUCUCAUGACGCCAAAUCAAGAGUGUUGUAAUUUAAUUUAUUAUGAUACUUCUGUCUGGUUUUUACUUUUGUGAAUAAACGACAUCUCGCUCAUUAACUUAAA